GUAGACCAGGGGCGGGAAGAGAUGCUAGGAAGAGACAGGCCCACUUUCCCCAAACUGUACAAGGGAGCGUCUGUAGUUUCAGGUUAGGAGCAACAGGUAACAAAUUAAAGAUGCCUGGUACAGCGAGACACGACCGGGAGAUGGCAAUCCGGGCCAAAAGAGACCUUGCCAAAACUACAGAUCCAAUCGAGAGACUUCGCCUUCAGUGCCUGGCAAGGGGUUCUGCUGGCAUCAAAGGCCUCGCCAGGGUCUUUCGAAUCAUGGAUGAUGACAACAGCAGGACUAUCGAUUUCAAAGAGUUCUUGAAAGGCCUCAAUGAUUACGCUGUGAUGAUUGACAAAGACGAAGCUGAAAAGAUCUUCAAGAUCUUUGAUAAAGAUGGGAGUGGAACAAUAGACUUUGAUGAAUUUCUCAUAACAUUAAGGCCUCCCAUGUCUAACGCAAGAAAAGAAGUCAUCAUGCAAGCCUUUCGAAAGCUAGACAAGACCGGGGAUGGGAUUGUCACCAUUGAAGAUUUACGAGGAGUCUACAAUGCAAAACACCAUCCCAAGUACCAGAAUGGGGAAUGGUCGGAAGAGCAAGUUUUCAGGCUGUUUCUGGAUAACUUUGAUUCGCCUUAUGAUAAAGAUGGACAGGUUACACCAGAAGAAUUUAUGAACUAUUACGCAGGUGUCAGCGCUUCAAUAGACACAGAUGUCUACUUCAUUGUGAUGAUGAAAAACGCUUGGAAAAUCUGAUUUUGUUAUUGUAAUACAAAGUGCUGCUGCUGCUGCUGUUGUCAUUGUAAACAUCUCCUAAGCCUCAUCAUAUACAAGACAGUGCUGCUGUAUUCAGAGCAGUAACCAGCUGCACCAUUCCUAGGAGUGAAUUAGAAGAAGCAAUAGCCAAAAUUAUCACCGCGCCUAUUAUUUUGGGAAGACUGAUCUCACUGAGGAACUGUGCUUUUCGUUUCAGCAAACAGGGAUUCCUAAUGUAACAAAUGUGAACAGGGGUCAGGAGGACAGAAGUCCCCUGCCUGAGUCAGGGAUGAUAAGCCCUUCCUCCACCUGCUGCUUUUCCUCAACUCCUUUCCUUGCCCCCAGUUUCCUAGCCUCAUUACUGCCCCCUCAGUCAGGCUCUGAGAUCAGUAAUAAGAGGGGGAAGCAAUAUCUGGGGAGGGGUUGCAGGAAGAAAAGUGGUGGGUGGGGAAGCAUCACACCUGAAAUUCCUCCCUGUACAUUAUUCAGCAAACACAAGGUUGGGAAUGCUGGGUUGCAUCCAAUGAUGGUUUUGCCUUAGUGCAGGGGCGAGGAAGCUUUUUCACACUCCCCAGGGCCACACUCCCUUCUGGCCAACCUUCCAGGGGGGCAACAUGGCAGUGGUGGGUGGAGCCAGAGGAAAAAGUGGGUGGAGCAACAAGUGAAGAAGUUACCUUUGUAUGCAGCAGGCUAGAGUCUGCGCACACACUCACACUACCCUCUUUAUCCUCUAGUCCAGGGGUAGGCAACCUAAGGCCCGGGGGCCGGAUGUGGCCCAUUCACCUUCUCAAUCUGGCCCGCAGAUGGUUGAGGAAUCAGUGUGUUUUUACAAGAGUAGAAUGUGUGCUUUUAUUUAAAAUGCAUCUCUGGGUUAUUUGUGGGGCACAGGAAUUCAUUCGUUAUUUUUUUCCAAAAUAUAGUCCGGCUCCCCACAAGGUCUGAGGGACGGUGGACCGGCCCAUGGCUGAAAAAGGUUGCUGACCCCUGCUCUAGUCAGACAAACAAGAGGCAUUAUCAGAGCUGGAGGACAUUUUCAUCCAGGCAAAAAAACACCUGGGGUUGGAAGCAAGGUCAGUGAAGGGUCUGGUCUGAGGAGAGGGGUGUGAGGCCCAGGGAGAAUGUGAGGGCCAGAUAGAAAGGCCUGGAGGGCUGCAUUUGCGGUUCCCCACUCCUGACUUUGUGCAUGAACAAGGCAGGGCACCUGAAUUUUGUUGAUCCCUCAUACCCACUUAAUUUCCCUCUCCACUGAAAAGCUGUUCCUGAGUAUUGUGGGGGACCCACUAGUCAGCAUGGGGACUGAUGCACAGGUUUGUGGUAGGUGAGUGUCAGGCAGAACAGUAAAAACCGGGUGCUUCCACUUGUGCAGGCAGAGGUAGGUAAAGGUAAAGGAACCCCUGACUAUUAGGUCCAGUCGUGGCUGACUCUGGGGUUGCGGCGCUCAUCUCGCUUUAUUGGCUGAGGGAGCCGGCGUACAGCUUCCGGGUCAUGUGGCCAGCAUGACCAAGCCGCUUCUGGCGAACCAGAGUAGCGCACGGAAACACUGUUUACCUUCCUGCCGGAGCGGUACCUAUUUAUCUACUUGCACUUUGAUGUGCUUUCGAACUGCUAGGUUGGCAGGAGCAGGGACCAAGCAACGGGAGCUCACCCCGUUGCGGGGAUUCGAACCGCUGACCUUCUGAUCAGCAAGUCCUAGGCUCUGUGGUUUAACCCACAGUGCCACCCUCAUCCCUUGCAAGCAGAAGUACUUUCUGCUAAAGCCAAGCCAGUGUUGAAAUGCAACCCACUCUGAUUGCUGAAGCCACAAUUAGUUUCCCCCCAAGAAGAUGGGCACCUGAAGUAAAAAAGACGAGUGAUGAAAUCCUUGCCAGAAUACAUCCUUUGGUUUUUACCUGCCAUUUCUCCUUUUGCAUAUGGAAUCUGCUUUGGCUCAGAAAUCUAUGUGACGCCCUUGCUUCCAAAGUCCCUGGAUUUAUACAGAUUUUUAUGGUCCAAUAUGUCUGCAAAACAAUUAAAUGGGCUUUUGGUAGGAUGACUCAUUGCCUUUCAGUGAGGCAGGGAGGAGAGAGAGAAAAACCGCUUCUGGUACUCCUUAGUAAUGUCAAGUGCAUAUGAAUUAAAACUGCAUUCACUGGGUAA